AACUGUCCGCCUCCUUACCUCGUUCUACCAUCUUCUCCCUUACCGACGCCUUCCCUUUCUGCUGUAUAUAUCUAUUCUCUUACCGUAUCACCUAAAUAUCUACAUCGAUCAUGUCUACCGACUCAGCAAUGCUCUCUGACGACAGCCGUCCUGCUACUUCCUCUCCUAACGGCCACGCCAACGGCAAGAAGGGCACAACUGUUGCUGAACAGCUCAGUGAUGACGAGGAAAUGCCUUUGUCCCAAGUGACACGCACGCCCCAGUCCUCUGUGCAACCUCCCAGGCAGAAGCGCAAAAGGGCGGUAUACUAUGAGUCGUCAAGCGAGGACGAUACACCACUCGCCUCUUCCCCGUUGAAACAAUCUUCGGCCGUCAUACCCAUGCCAGGCGCUAUAGACGCCACUACCGUACCGGCGCCUCUGGCUAAUGGUAAGGGUAAAGGCCGAGCCGUCAAAGAGGAAUCGACGGAUGGCGAAGCAUCUAAUGACGCGCCAUCCCAGACCGCCAAAGCCAAGACCAACGGACGAUCUAAGCGACCGGCCAGGAAGAAAGCUAAGGUCGAGGAGGAAGACGACGAAGCGGCCUCCGACACUAGCAAUUCAUCCCCACCUGCUAAGAAGAAGUCUGCACCCCGAAAGCGUAAAGCCAAGGAGCAAAGCGAACCAAAGUCUGGAGACGAUGCGCCUGCUAAGAAACCUCCCGUUAAGCGCGCAACGAAGAAGGUGAAAAAGGAAGAAGGAGGGGGAGCUGUAUCUGAGGGCGAUGUGUCAAAGCUAAAGAAGCGCGGUGGGAAGAAGGAAAAGGAAGAGAAAGAGAAAGGUAAGGGCAAGAAGAAGAAGGAGGAAGAGGAGGAAGAGGUAUUUAGAUGGUGGGAGGUGGGGGCUGGUGAUGGUUCCGUAAAGUGGACAGCCCUCGAACACAACGGUGUACUGUUCCCGCCUCCGUAUGAACCCUUGCCUCCUGACGUUAAAAUGAAGUACGAUGGAAAGGACGUCGACCUGCCGCCCGCGUCUGAGGAGGUUGCUGGCUUCUACGCUGCCAUGAUAGAAACCGACCACGCGCAAGAUGCAACAUUCAACAAGAAUUUCUUUGAGGAUUGGAAGAAAGUCUUGAAAGCAAACCCUCCUCGCGAUGGUACAAAGAUAGUUUCGUUCGAGCUCUGUGACUUCCGACCAAUGUUCCAGUAUUUCGAAGCCGAAAAGGCUAAGAAGAAGAGCUUAUCGGCGGCAGAGAAGAAAGAGCUGAAGAAGGCCAGGGACGAGAUGGAGGCUAAGUACACGACUUGUUUAUUGGAUGGCCGCAAAGAGAAAGUGGGUAACUUUCGUGUAGAACCUCCGGGCCUAUUCAGGGGGCGUGGCGAGCAUCCUAAGAAGGGAGCUCUCAAGUUCCGCGUUCGUCCGGAAGAUAUAACGCUGAACAUUGGCAAAGAUGCACCCAUCCCUGUCCCGAACAUGCCAGGAAAAUGGAAGGCGAUCCAACAUGAUAAUACCGUGACUUGGUUGGCGAAUUGGACAGAAAACAUCAACAGUACUCACAAGUACGUUUUCUUGGCGGCAGGCAGUUCGCUCAAGGGGCAAAGCGACAUGUUGAAAUUUGAGAAGGCCCGUGAACUGAAGAACCACGUUGACCGAAUUCGGCAAAACUAUAAUGCAGAUCUGAGGUCGAAAGUAAUGGCUGAUCGACAACGCGCGACGGCCAUGUAUUUUAUCGACAAACUUGCGCUUCGUGCGGGUAACGAGAAAGGAGAAGAUGAAGCUGAUACUGUAGGCUGCUGCUCUCUGCGCUGCGAGCAUCUUACCCUGGAAUCGCCAAACAUCGUCAUCUUCGAUUUUCUCGGCAAGGAUUCGAUUCGUUACUAUAACCAAGUCCCUGUUGAUCCUCAGGUUUUCAAGAACAUCAGAAUAUUCAAGGAGAAUAAGGAGGAUGAAGACGCCUUAUUCGACCGUGUCAACACUUCUUCCUUGAAUAAGCAUCUUACAAGUGAAAUGAAGGGUCUUACAGCCAAGGUUUUCCGUACUUACAAUGCAUCUAUCACGUUCCAGCAACUUUUGGACGAGAAAGAGGCGGAUCUCAAGAAUGCAACGUUACAGGAAAAGCUCAAUGCCUACAAUCAUGCCAAUCGUCUCGUUGCUAUUCUAUGUAAUCAUCAACGUACAGCUCCAAAGACGCACGACCAAUCGAUGGAAAAGAUGAGAUAUAAGUAUCGAUCACUGAAGUAUGAGCGCAUGAAAAUGCGUCAUGCUCUCUUCGCUCUGGAUGACAACUACAAGUCGGAUGACAAGUAUGCUGAUGAUGAAUCAGAUAUCGACGAUGAUUGGAUCACCACUCACGAAGAAAGUAUGAGGGACAAGGACCUCGAAAAGGCCGAGAAGAAGUUCGAAAAGGACAACGAGAAACUCGCCGAGGACGGUAAAGAACCUCAUGGUCAGUCGGUGCUCGAUAGCAAGAUCGAAGCUAUCAAGGACGAAUACAAGAGACUGGCGAAGGAACGGGGUACGAAGAAGGCGAAGUCGAACAAAACCGCGGAAAAGCUGGAGGAAGCGAUCGAAAAACUUGGACAAAGGAUUAAGGCUUUUAAGCUUCAGAUGGUUGACAGAGACACAAAUAAGGAGGUUGCACUGGGCACUAGUAAAAUCAAUUACUUAGACCCUAGAAUAACGGCUGCUUGGUGCAAAACCCACGAUGUGCCGAUCGAAAAGCUUUUCUCGAAGACCCUUGUCUCAAAGUUCCCUUGGGCGCUAGAGGCCGAUGCCGACUGGAAAUUCUGACGUCUCCUACUUCAAUUACUGUGCGAUAUAUUUCAAGGAUUAGGACAGGACGCUUGGCGCGGACACUCAAUGUUUAUUAUACACACCACUCUUAUUAUUUUUUUUAUGUCCGUUGCACUGUCUUAUAUAGAAACACAUUUGUAGCCUUUGCCUUUUCUGAAUGAGAAAUACUCACGAAGGGAUUCGAUGACUGACAGG